GUUCAAUUUGUUGUGACAAGUGCAUGGUCGGACCAUUGAAUCACUCUGCUUGUAGGUGGAGAUGUUCCGCAGAGUGCUGUGGAAGACCUUGGGGUUUGUGGGCUACACGGUCCAGUAUGGCUGCAUCGCACAUUGUGCCUUCGAAUACAUUGGAGAAGUUGUGGUGUGUUCUGGUCCAUCCAUGGAGCCCACCAUCGUCAACCAUGAUAUUGUCUUCUCUGAGCGCAUGAGUCGUCAUCUUUGCAAAAUACAAAAGGGUGAUAUAGUAAUUGCAAAGAGUCCAUUUGACCCAAAUAUGAACAUUUGUAAAAGAGUAAUUGGAUUGGAGGGUGACAAGGUCCGCACUAGUGGCCCGUCAGAUCUGUUCAAGACCCACACAUAUGUUCCUAAAGGCCAUGUAUGGCUUGAAGGGGAUAACCUUACGAAUUCCAGUGACUCAAGGAGCUAUGGCCCAAUUCCCUAUGCCCUCAUCCGAGGGCGUGUUUGCUUAAAGCUCUGGCCGCCGCACAGUGUCGGGACUCUCAGUGAAAGCCCAACCAGACGGAUCAUUAAAACUCGGAGUGACUCAGAUUGACUCAUUCAGUUUGUACUGUACAUUACUUUGUCUUCAGUCAUUUUUUAAUAAAGCUG